GACCAUUCAAACCAGUUCUCGUUCUCCAAUCUACGCGGUGGCUACGCGACGUUCCAAACGAUUCGUUUUAUAAGUUACAAGUUCAAGUUUUCGUUCAAGAAUAGUGCAUCGUGGAUGAAACGGUCGAUUGGGAAGUUUGCAACAGCACUUAUCUCGUAAAAAAAAAAAUGAAGAAGAGAAAAGAGUGAAUCGCGAGUUGACAGUUGCUGUUCAGUUGAACAGCCUCGGUAUAAGACACGAGGGUGUUAAACUGAAUCGUAAAGAUACAUCGUAGAGAUCGUGGAUGGAUGACGAAGUGAAACGGCGCGUCGGGCAUUCCGUUACAGUUGCGAUAAGGAUGAAUCGGUGCCGCGAUCCAACAGUUUGUUGUACUUUAACGCGACCUGCUCUCAUUCUUUAAAUACAUUCGGUUAGCUAAAUAUAUCGAUUCUACUUACGCCGGUUUUAAGGUGUCUACCCGAACGAAAGAGGAGCAACAAACAUGGGUAUAAUCGUUUAGGGGUUUUCCAACGGGGUCAAUCAGAUUUUAGAGGGAGUCAGUGAUGGUCAAGGGAUCAGUUGCGUGGGUGUCGAUGCGAGAAAAGGGUUAUAAUAAUCAGAGAAUUAAAGAAAAAAUAGCGUCAGAGUUAAAGAAGAGUUUCACACUCUGAUUGGUUCAACGUUGUCGCUAAAAUGACUACUGGUUUUGAGAUAAAACGUUUUGUCCUAAGAGUCAUCAUCGUCAGUGUGGUUUUCGCACUGUUUUAUGAUACUUCCGGCCUAGGCGUGGAUCGAUGGAGAUUUUCUAAUUUUCUUACAAUCCCUGACUUGUACUCGUGUUCCCGAGAGUUUAUGACCGUUUCGCGCAGCUUGGAAGGUGGUGGGGGUCGCAACGAACUGCCUCCACUCGGGCUAAUCGAAUUUUGGACGCGCACGAAUAAGCAUGUGGGACGACGAGCCAGCGCCAUGGGACAUCGGGGAUGACACCCCCGCGGAUCAACCCGCCGAGGAAGGAGCAGCUGCUGAAGGAGCGCCUGCUGAAGGAGCCGCUGCCAAAGACGCCGCGGAAAAACCGAAAAUAACAUUACUAAAACUCGAGCCACCGCACUACAAUCAUCAUUGGGUUCGUCCGCUCUUCCUCAAUUACGCGUAUCUUUACGAUUACAGACAAAAUUACUACAACGACGUGAUAGACUAUCUGAAUCAAAGACAAAAGGGCUUAUUCCGGGAACCACCCAGGGCGCAAGAAUGGGCCGAACGAGCUAUGAGGACUUACGACCAGAAGAAUAUUGACAAGAGCAUUAAACGAUCUGCGGAUAUGAAAUUUAUAACCGGUAUCAGACACGAGCCUAGAUACUACAGUUAUCAUACUCGGGCGUACUAUAGUUUGAAGUAUCAGAAGAUUUUGUAAACUUCGUUUUUCAUAAUAAAACGGAUACGAU